AGCCGGUCGGAGCCCCUGCCCGGAGCGCUCCUGUCAAGCGGGAGCGCGCGCAAGCGGCGGCGGCGGGAGCGCGCGCAGUUUGAAAUCUUCGAGAUUCACCAAACAACCGGACCCCUUUAGCCCAGGAAUUACUCAAUGCUGAAACCUUUCAGAGGGAUAUUAAAGACUUUAGAAGCACAAUGGAUGGUUUUUAUGAUCAGCAAGUCCCUUUUAUGGUGCCUGGGAAAUCUCACCCUGAGGACUUUCGAGCAAGGCCUGUGAUUGACAGAAAGAGAAAGUUCUUGGACACCGAUCUGGCUCAGGAUUCCGAAGAGUUGUUUCAGGAUCUCAGCCAACUCCAGGAGGCCUGGUUAGCUGAAGCACAAGUUCCUGAUGAUGAACAGUUUGUCCCAGAUUUUCAGUCUGAUAACCUGGUGUUUCAUGCCCCGCCUCCAGCCAAGAUCAAGCGCGAGCUGCACAGCCCGUCUGCCGAGCUGUCCUCCUGUAGCCAUGAGCAAGGCCUUGGUGCUAACUAUGGCGAGAAGUGCCUGUACAACUAUUGUGCCUACGAUAGGAAGCCCCCCUCUGGGUUCAAGCCAUUAACCCCUCCUACCACCCCCUUGUCACCAGCCCAUCAGAAUUCCUUGCUACCCCCUCCUGCUUCUGUGCAGGCUUCAGCCCACGCUCCCACGGCAGGCCCUGUGCAAGGUGUAGGCCCAGGCCCAGGCCCAGCCCCUGCCCCCGCCCCUGUCCCCGUUCCCACCCCAACUCCUGUCCCUGCCCCCCACACCCUUCAUGAACCCAGACAACAGCAGCAAACCUUUGCCAUCCCUCGGCCACCACAUCAACCCAUGCCGAUGCCAAAGAUGAUGCCUGAGAACCAGUAUCCAUCUGAACCAAGGUUUCAGAGACAGAUGUCUGAACCCUGCCACCCCUUCCCUCCUGGUGACAGUCGUCCAGGGUACCACCGACAGAUGUCUGAGCCCAUUGUCCCUGCGGCUCCCCCACCACCUCAGGGAUUCAAACAAGAGUAUCCUGACCCUCUCUACGAGCAUGGUGUUGCAGGCAUACCCGGAGUGCCGCCAGCACGUGGUUACCAGUCACCAAUGGGCAUCAAGCAAGAGCCCAGGGAUUACUGCAUUGAUUCAGAAGUGCCUAACUGCCAGUCAUCCUACAUGAGAGGAGGCUAUUUCUCCAGCAGCCAUGAUGGUUUUUCAUGUGACAAAGAUCCUCGAUUGUAUUUUGAUGAUACGUGUGUUGUACCAGAAAGGCUGGAGGGCAAAGUCAAACAGGAGCCCACCAUGUAUCGGGAAGGGCCCCCUUACCAGAGACGAGGCUCCCUGCAGCUGUGGCAGUUCCUGGUCACUCUCCUCGAUGACCCAGCCAACGCCCACUUCAUUGCCUGGACAGGUCGAGGCAUGGAGUUCAAGCUGAUAGAACCAGAAGAGGUUGCUCGACGAUGGGGCAUCCAGAAGAACCGACCAGCAAUGAAUUAUGACAAGCUGAGCCGCUCUCUGCGCUAUUAUUACGAAAAGGGCAUCAUGCAGAAGGUGGCCGGCGAGCGGUACGUCUACAAAUUUGUCUGCGAUCCGGACGCUCUCUUCUCCAUGGCCUUUCCAGACAAUCAGCGUCCCUUCUUGAAGGCUGAGUCCGACUGCCCCCUGAACGAGGAGGAGACCUUACCCCUGACUCACUUUGAGGACAACCCCGCUUACCUCCUCGACAUGGAUCGCUGCCCCAGCCUCCCCUAUGCAGAAGGCUUUGCUUACUGAGCGGCUGAGUCCGAAGCUCCAGUGCCAGAUUUAGCAGUUCGCAUUCAGCCAAAUGAAGGCAGUGAUUUUCUUUGAUUAUUAUUAUUAUUAUUAUUAUUAAUAUUAUUAUUAUUGGUUGUUUUGGGGGUUUUUUUUCCUGCCAUUCCCAAAGCUUGCCCCUGAUUAUUCUGGUGGGCCUCAGCCUGGAUUGGCACCCUUGGAGGAAGGAUCCUAGCCAGGGAAGUAGGGACAGGAAGGAGCCACCAAGUGUGGCUGGAGCCUCAGCUGUCACCCUAAAGAAGUCGGGGAGAAGAGGAUGCCAGUGGAGUUUGAGUUUAUGUCAACCACUUCAUCCUGGUCAGUGUAUGCAAAGCAAAAUGUUGGGGACAGAUGGCCCUCAUGGACUUGAGGAGACUGUGGCAGGAGAAAGUUGUCGUGACAAUCGCUUUGCAUUGAUUGAGGCUCAUAGGUACUUUCCCGUUCCACUCAAGUAGCUCUAAUUUGCACAGUGAGUUGAAAAAGAAAUUGUGCACUGAUCGAAAACCAGCUGGGCUCAGUUGGGGAGGGAGGCUCCAAUCACAAAGACUCGGAACUCCAUAGCCCUGGGUUUCAAAGCUACAAGACUUCAGCUGGAUAUGAAGACUCAACCUGUUUUCUCUUGGCCAAGAAAGAGGAGGCAAAGUUAGGACAGUGUCACUAUCCACUUGAUGGCUCUCAGGUCCUACGCCCUCGACUCUCCCUAGGAGCCUCUCCCCUCUCCCGUCACCGGUGGAACGAGCUGCCUUCGUCCUCUUUCCGAUCACCAGGCUCUGCUGGGGAUGGCAUUACUUUUAGAAGGGUGAUUAACACUCUUGACAGUAUUUGGUUUUGCUUUUGAUUUGGAAUUUGGGAGUGGGGUGGGGGGAAUGGUUGUUUUGGCAAGGCAGUUUCUGAAAACUGGUUUUUGUAGUUUUGGUAUCUAAAGCAAAAAUCCUCUCUCUCGGAAGCUCAGCGCCGCUCUCCUUAGACAGGGCUGUGCUGACCUUUCCAAGAUGCUGCAGCAGCUUGAAAAGGGCUUUGCUCGGGGUCCACCAGAGACAGGCCCGAAGCCUGUCUGCCGUCUGCGUUAUGCUUUUUGUGCCCGCUACCCUGAUGGAACAUUCGCACCUGUGUUGUACAUUCUGGAAGCUUACGGGGCAGCAUGGAUACUCUUCCUAGCUCUUCUGUGUAUAGUUACCCAUAUUCACUGACAUAUUCUCUCUGGAAAGUAUAUGUACAUAAUGCAUUUCAUGUCAAUUUGGAACCUGGUCGCAGUGUGGGAGCCUUUGAGGUUAUUUCUAUGGAUAUAGCUGAUGACUUCCAUUUCAUUCUUCUUCCUUACCUUGGUCCAUCAACCCUGCAUAUAGGAUUCCUGGGGUUUGAGACAUGCGUGUGAUGCCGACAGGUUAAAUAGUACCAUUCCCCGCCAUGUCUCCCUUUUAUAUCAGUCUGGUCCAUUCAUCGAUUUUUUUUCUUGGUCAGUGAGUCAGCAACCGAACGAGGCUCAGAAGAGACAUUGAAGCCUAGUUAGGGCAAACAUCGGUUAUUAGGCGGUGCUCUCUUGCCGUAAUCUGAGGUGUUAGUCUCAGCUCCCCCGGCCAUCUCAUGUAAUUAGAUCGAACGGAUUAGGCUUUGUCUGUGAAGAUGACGCUUUUGACUCACUAUCAAUAAAAUGUGCUCUGAGUUAUUUUUCCAUUGAUGGGUGAUGGGCCACGCUUGGCCAGCCACAUGGUUUCAAAUAGUCCCCCUCAUCCCCAAGAGCACUUUGGGAGCUGGGUCAUCAACUGGGAUGAGGGGUGUAGUCUAUGGCUAGGGACAGAACGUUUCUCUGCGUAAAGCUAAUUAGCCCAUAUAAAUUGAACCUGUGACCUUGGCCUAAUUAGCACCAUACUGUAAUCAAGAGAACUGUUCCAGACGGUGUAAUUAUAGCUCUCUAACCUACACGUAUUCUAUACAUAUAUGCAUAUUUUAUUCCCCCCUCCCCCCCCAAAAAAAAAAAGCUGGCUAAAAAUUUAUUUGUUGUAAAUGCUGUAUAGGAUUUUUCUUCCUUUCUUUUUACUUUCACUGGUUUAGGAUUCAUUCGGAUGGGUUUCUUCUGUUUUAGUCAGGGUGACGCUAAUUCUUUGUAGCCUGAGCUCUCCUCCCAAGGCAUAGGAUGGUGGCAUCAGUGUGGCCUUCCCAGGAACCAGACUCACUGACCUCCUGGAUGGCCUUAGGUUCUUUUCCAGAGUGGAGAAAGUCUCCAGGGCAGAAAGGGUUGAAUCUGAGAAUUGGUUUGGAAGCCUUUCCCCUGAGCAGGGCCAUUUGCAUCCUGCCAAGCUGCAUUACAUUCUGUACUGUGUACAAUAAAGACGUUUGCUUUGAGUUCA